UGUUGUGAAAUCAAAGCAAAGCAAAGCAAAGCAAAGGCAAAGGAGGUCGUGCGAGAUAUUAAGAGCGCACUUGAAUCAACCGACGGACUCCUCUUCAUCGUCCUCUUCCUCAUCUCUCUCUCUGCAUUCACAUCUGUUCUCGAGCUGAAGAGAGUUCUCUAGAUCCUUUUGAAAUCUCUGCAAUUGAGAUCUCACAGACGACGUAGAGGAACGUAUCGAGAAUCCAUCUGCAUCUUAUACGCGGUUUAGGUGGGGGAGGGAGGUUUUGGUUCGGGGAAUGCGUCACUGAGCUGAUCUAAUAACUCAAUUGAGCUUUGGGGGGAGAUAGGCUGAUGAAGAACGGGAUGGCUGAGUGCAGCGUGUGUCGUUCAAGGUUGGUUUCUCCCAGUGCCAAAGCUAUAGCCAGAGCUUAUGAUAACCGCAAGAUUAGAGUUUCAUCUAAACAACGAGCUCUCAAUGUUUUUUUGGUUGUCGGUGACUGCAUGCUUGUUGGUUUACAGCCUGUGUUAGUGUACAUGUCUAAAGUGGAUGGAAAGUUCAAUUUUAGUCCUAUUAGCGUCAACUUCUUGACGGAAAUCGCCAAGGUUAUGUUUGCGUUUGUCAUGCUUCUGAUCGAGGCCAGGCAUCAAAAAGUUGGGGAGAAGCCUCUACUAUCGUUUUCCACAUUUGUCCAGGUACCUCUUCGUGGCAGUUAACAGACUGGG